UGGAAAUCCUAAUUAGGGUUACGAUGGGGGUGAGAAGGAAGGAAGGUAGGAUGGCCUUCCUCCGAGGGAACAGGGCCCUCCUCGUGUAGCGUCUCGCGAUUCGGGGAUGAAGCUCCACGCAAACACAGUUCCCGACGUAGCGUGCGCGGCAAUUAUCGGUCGUCGCUCUGUAUCCCUACUGACUACCCUUUGAUCGAUAAACAGAUUGUACAGUUCAACAGCUUGUAUAUUUCUUUUUUCUUUUUUCUUUGCAUUGUCUUUCCAGGACACAAUUGGAAGGAAGCGGAGUCGGUCAUGGUUUUUUGAGCCAAUUUUGGUUGAAACUGGUGGAGGACGAUGGACGCGGUGUUGGUUCGAACCCUUGUGUGCUAUGGCGCGAGAUAGUCUCGUCGUCGCUUCUAGUCUCUGUGUAGAGAUGCGAGAGAUAGAAGAGGGAUGGCGGAAAGGUUGUGAGAGGGGAGGGAAUUGAGGAAAGAGCGGUGGUGGUUGGUGGGAGUGGAGGAGACAUGGAAGUAGAGAAUAGGGCAGCCGCGAGUUUCAAUGCGGGUAGUGGCUUGGCUAGCUUGCCGCUGGAGAUACUGGUGAGAGUGCUGGCGCCGCUGCAUCGACAAGACUGGGCACGCGCGGCGCAGGCAUGCACGGUGCUGCGAGCCGCGUGUAUCAGCGUGCUCGGUACAGUUACCUCUCUGGAUCUUAAAAAUGCGGGCGCGUGGUUGGAUGAUGAAUGCUUUCGAUUGUUGUCUACUAGGUUAGGGGAUAGGCUGCGGCGUUUGGAGUUGGAUUGUUGGCAUUUGAGUGAUGGAUCACUCGCGAACUUGCCCGAUGGACUGGAGGAAUUGGCCCUGUGUGGUUGCGACCAUCACAGUGAUGAGAUGCUCGCAAAUGUUGCCCAACUGACGCACAAGACUUUAUGGCGAUUCGCGUGGUCCGGAUUCGGAGGGAAUGUGACCGCUGCAGGGUUCCAAGACAUUGCUCUCAAGUGCAGGAACAUCACGUCGUUUAUGAUUGAUAGCGGGUCUGGUAUGGAUGUUAAUUCUGUGGUCUGCGCUGUUGCUAGCAAUUGUCCUGCGCUCUCCGAGCUGAGUGCCUACGAUCUUACCACGAAGACUUUUUCCCACAUAAGUAGUUGCAGAGUGAGGCUGAAGAGGUUACGGCACAAGCGUCGGGUUGGCUGGGCAUUACCCGUUACGAACUUUACCCUGUUCUUGCUCAUCAGCAUGAGCCCCAUGCUGGAGGAGCUUCAUCUUGUGGACAAGUCCGAUGUGGAUGAUUCAGGGGGUGUAACUGACAUUGGUCUUCUGGCUCUAACCGAGAGGUCCUCAACCCUUCGUACCUUGAAAUUGAAGUUGGCAUCCUCAAGCUCCUCUGAGCAUUGUUCAGAAGUAGCUGUCAUGGAGUUGGCUAGUAGUUGUAAACAUCUGACGCACGUGGAGCUUAGCAAUUUCAAAAGAUUGAGUGACCCGCCGGUUUACGAGCUUAUUCAAAGGUGUCCGAAGUUGGUAGACUUGACCUUGGAUGGCACUCCAAUAACUGACGCGUCACUAGACCUAUUGGCUUCACACUCCAGAUUCCUCCGUUGCGUCUCCAUCAAAGGGUGCAAGAAGCUAAGCGAAGCGGGGCUGAAAGCAUUAGGGCAGUGUGACACCCUGGAGUCUGUAAAUGCCGGUCAAGCCUCAGGUGUUACUGACGCUGCAGUGGUUGCCAUUUGCACGGGUAAUCCGGGUUUGAAAGCUUUGGUACUUAGCCACGGAAAUCUGUCUGACAUGUCCCUGCAGUCCGUUGCCAUGUGCAAUCAUAUGGAGGAACUAGCACUGCAUGGUUGCUCUCGUAUCUCAAAUUCUGGUCUGGCUCUUAUUGCCACUGGCUGCGUACACUUGCGCUUUAUAUCGCUCAGCUACUGCGACCACGUCUCCGACUCGGGAGUCAUGUCAUUGGCGCUGGGUUGCCCCCGCCUUCUGAAGGUGCGCCUUGACGGAUGCCGUCUCCUCUCAAAUCCUUCAGUACGUGCCCUCUGUCAAAACUGCCCUAAGCUACGCCAUUUGAGCUUGCAGUAUUGUGUCAAGCUGUCCGAUAAUGUGUUCCAGCACUUGCUCGCGGCUCCCUCUCUUCGAUUCGUGGAUUUGGGCAGGGCAAAGCUGACCGCGGAUGGUAUUAUGAGCUAUCGACAGCAGAGGCCUUUGGUGGAGUUGUGUAUAAAUGGAGUGCCUGGGUGACGUUCCUUGAUAUCCAUUCAACUCAUUGUUGAAAGACCACCUUGUAUUAUAUCCCGAAGCACUUAUUUUCAAUCAUUUCUCAUUCCCUUAACAGAAAGUCGCUUCAUCAGAUUCUCAAUUGCUCUGCUAGUUGCAGAGAACAGCACCUGUUACAUCAUUCUUGUGAAGUUGGUUUAGAUUUCGGCGUUGGGUGCAUGGAGGAUUCUUUCAAGUGCGCUUAUAUAUGUUGCCGCUCGCCUGCCCCUAUGUCAUCUGUAAAGAUCCCAAAUUGGAUAAUAGCUGUACCUCAAACUGGUGGCAGUGAAAGUUUAUAUUUCACUUUUAUGUAAUUAUUCAGGGAAGGUUUUGGAAGGAAAAAAAUGUUGGCACAUGUUUGUUAGUAUGAUGAUCAGUAGGAUGGUUUAUGUUUCUAAAUAGUUAAAAUUUAAUUGACUACUGUGAAUACUUAAUACACUCUAGACGCCUUUCCAGCUAUCACUUUACAAUGGA